CGAGCUGAUAAAGGCGCCAUUUUGGACCGGCCGCGGGAGACGUGGUGCCGCUGAGGGCUCGCUCUGCCGUACGCUAGGCUUGGUGGGAAGGCCUCUUUUCGAGUCCGCGCUUUUCGUCGCCGCCAUGUCAGGAGGUGGUGUGAUUCGUGGCCCGGCAGGGAACAACGACUGCCGCAUCUACGUGGGUAACCUACCUCCAGACAUCCGAACCAAGGACAUUGAGGACGUGUUUUACAAAUACGGCGCUAUCCGCGACAUCGACCUGAAGAACCGCCGCGGGGGACCGCCCUUCGCCUUCGUUGAGUUCGAGGACCCGCGAGACGCGGAAGAUGCGGUGUACGGUCGCGACGGCUACGAUUACGACGGCUACCGUCUGCGGGUAGAGUUUCCCCGAAGCGGCCGUGGGACCGGCCGAGGCGGCGGCGGGGGUGGAGGCGGCGGAGCCCCGAGAGGCCGCUAUGGCCCGCCAUCCAGGCGGUCUGAAAACAGAGUGGUUGUUUCUGGACUGCCUCCGAGUGGAAGCUGGCAGGACUUAAAGGAUCACAUGCGUGAAGCAGGUGAUGUAUGUUAUGCUGAUGUUUACCGAGAUGGCACUGGUGUCGUGGAGUUUGUACGGAAAGAAGAUAUGACGUAUGCAGUUCGAAAACUGGAUAACACUAAGUUUAGAUCUCAUGAGGGAGAAACUGCCUACAUCCGGGUUAAAGUUGAUGGGCCCAGAAGUCCAAGUUAUGGAAGAUCUCGAUCUCGAAGCCGUAGUCGUAGCAGAAGCCGUAGCAGAAGCAACAGCAGGAGUCGCAGUUACUCCCCAAGGAGAAGCAGAGGAUCACCACGCUAUUCUCCCCGUCAUAGCAGAUCUCGCUCUCGUACAUAAGAUGAUUGGUGACACUUUUUGUAGAACCCAUGUUGUAUACAGUUUUCCUUUACUCAGUACAAUCUUUUCAUUUUUUUUAAUUCAAACUGUUUUGUUCAGAAUGGGCUAAAGUGUUGAAUUGCAUUCUUGUGUAAUAUCCCCUUGCUCCUAACAUCUACAUUCCCCUCAUGUCUUUGGUAACUUGUAUUUUAAGUGAUGUCAUAGACAGGAUUGUUUAAAUUUAGUUAAUUUCCAUGCUCUUCAGACUGUGAUAUUAUGUAAAUGUCUAUUCUGCUCUGGUUUGUGUGAAAUGGGAUGUUGGGGGUGUUUGUGGUUAUCUUACUUGGGGAAGUUCUUAUGUUUAUCUUGCUUUUCAUGUGUCUUUCUGUAGACAUAUCUGAAGAGAUGGAUUAAGAAUGCUUUGGAUUAAGGAUUGUGGAGCACAUUUCAAUCAUUUUAGGAUUGUCAAAAGGAGGAUUGAGGAGGAUCAGAUCAAUAAUGGAGGCAAUGGUAUGACUCCAAGUGCUAUUGUCACAGAUGAAAUUGGCAGUAUUGACCUUAUACUAAAAGGCGAGGGUUAAAAUUUUAUCUACCUUAAAAGACUUGCAAACAUCUUAUGCAGUUAUCUUCAGCUACAAUUGCUUUGCUUUUUAAAACCUUGGCAAUUGUGGCAAAAUUGCCCGUUUUGUAACAGUUAUUUGCUCCCUUCCCCCCUUUUUGUUUUAAUAGGGACUAAUGUGGGAAGAAUGGCUAAUUUGUCACAGUGCUUAGUUACAACUGUUAAUGUGUGGCCUGCUGUUGGUGUACAUGUGGGUACAGGGUGUCUAUUUCCAAACAGAGUAUAAUAUCAAUACUGCUAAAUCUGCAUGUCCUCUGUGUGACUGAUAGAGCGUUGUUAUUUCAUUUUUUAAAGACAAAAAUGACAGCAAAAUAUAGAAUUCCAACAUAUUAAUGUAGAUAAUCUAGUUGGGAAUACUUUUGUCUCACUUUCCCUUUUAAUAUUCAUAAUUGACUCAUGUUUAGAACACUUUAAUUUACAAGCUAAAUUGCAGAUGGGAGCAAUAGAUUUAGUUUAGAUUUAGGUGGGUAGUAAUACCAGUAAACUUCAAUUACAUAACUUUGCAACCACAAAACCUGUGAUACCUGUACAGUAACAAAUGUUGGCAUUAUCAGUUGAACUGUAAAUAUAAAGUGCUUCUUCCAGUUAGUCUCUGUAGUGAUUAAGUUUCUAAAAUUUAUCUGAACACCAUACAGAAAACUUGUUUUGGGGAAUUUGAUAGUUAUUGAUGUACAUCUGUAAACUGAUGACAGACAUAACUCAUCAUUCCCCAGAAACUUUUUUUGGUUACAGUAUCUAACAUUUUGCCUCCUCUUUUUUGGUUUUGCUGGUUAUAAAGGUUUGGAUUGGAGAGGGCUCACUGGAUCCCAAUCCUUGGAGCUGGAUCAUUGGAUUCAAAUCAUAAUGUGGAUAGGAUAGGGAGGAUGAAUUACCAGGAUUCAUGGAGCGGGAUCAGAUUACCAGGAACAUAGGAGUGGAUUCCUUCCUGCCCCAACCAAACCGCAUUCGUGUGGAUUUUUUUUCAUUCAACUUAAUUGGCUAUUCCAAAGAAUUUUUUUCCUAUUUUUGACGAUUGGAGCCCUUAAGAUGCACGAUGGAAUUGUGUUUUGCAUUUUUUGGUAAAAGGAGCAAAGCGAGGACCUGGAGAUAUACGCUGGAGCAAUCUCCUUGGAAGGAUUCAGCACGAGUAGAUGGUAAACAUUUAAAGGGGAAAAGGGGGGGUUUGCUUUAAAUAGUAAAUCAGUAAGUCACUUCUAAAUUUAAAGAAAACAAAAUUGGAGUUGAAGAAUAAGUAGGUUUCCAAUUGGCUAUUGCCAUUUUUCUUUGAAAAAAUAAACAUUUUUUAAAAAACGAUGCAUGGUUGUCCUUUUUCCUCUUCAUGUAAAAUUUUGACUGGGUAACUAGUGUAUCAGUUAAUUAAUUUGAUGAGAUUCUGAUUCUGUUUAUGUGUUAGUAAAUUAAAGAUUUAAUCUAAUAAAUGAUAACUGUCUCUGUUGUGGAAGUCUUAAGAGCGUAAUAAACCGAGUGUAAGGCAGUUAUGAUGUAACAAUUGUCUAGGGGGUAAUGGUCUGGAAAGUAAUCUUUCAUAGUUUGCUAAAGGAUGAUUCAGAACUUGCUAUUUAUUUUGGUAUUGCUUUAGACAAAAAUAGGCCUUUAUACAAAGUUGGUUAAUAACUAGUAAAUUUUAGCUUUGAGAUAGCCAUUGAACUCAAAUUCAGUAUUAACAUUAGCAGAAGUAUUAGAAUACAAUACAGAUUUUUUUUUUUUUUGAAUUUUGGACAAAUUUAACUGUUUAUUGGGUGAAUCAAUACAUUGUAAAUCUUUUCAGCCAUAUACUCCCUGAGUAUUCUGUCCCCAAACUGUUCUGUAUUAAGUCAGCAAUUAUAGUUUAGUCUACUAGUGUAUCUCUACUGAUACCCCUUGAAGCUGAAUCUUCAUCUUUCUAGGAUUGAAGAGUGGAAAUUUUAUUUAAAAUCCCAAGCUUGUGAUUUUUCUUCCUGGUUAGAAUGAAUAAACCACUCUUUCAGUACCACAAUAGAAAUAUCUAGAUAAAAGCUAUUUUUAACUUUCCUUGAGUUGCAGGCUGAAUAUGAGAUUAUUCAGAUGUAAUGUAAAAUUUAGGGGAGACUAGGAGUUUUGAUAGUAAACGAAACAGGUUUCAAGAAAUUUGCAUGAGAAUCUCAACCUGUUCAUUUUAAUGACCCUAUAAGCCAAUUCUAUGAUCAAAACUAGGAUUUCACUUUAGGUAAAGCAAAUUAGUAGACUCAUUAAGGUAAAGUUGCUGUGUUACAGAAUUCAAAGUAUAACUAAAGGAUGAGGAAUUAGCAUAGUUAAACAUGCUAUAAUUGGAAAUUUAUAGUGUUUUUAAAUACAUUGCAUGAUCAGAGGAAAAUGUUCUUUUCCUCCAUAGAGCCUCAUUCUGCUCUGGUCUAGACUUUCGUAGAUGUCAGGGUGGGCUCAAAACUCCAAAAAUAUAUCCAGUUUCCCAGAUUCUGGGAUUAGACAUGAACCACCACACCAGCUUGCUAAAAUAGUAUUUAUAAGUUAAAGUGAGCUAGAUAAAAGCAAAUGUGGGUUUAUUUUGAAUGCUUUGGAAACCAGACCAAGAAUGGCCUGUUUUAAGUAGUUCAGCCAUAGAUUGAAAUGUAAAAACAAUCUUUGCCUUACUGUAGGCUUGUGUUUGAACACUAGAGAGCACAGUGUUUGUAAAGGGUAUAGUAGGUUUUAAGACUUAGGAAAUAGGGCUAUACCCAUACUGACAAUUUUUUUUGGAACUACAAAUACUACUUUGAUUUCCACCCCUCCCCUUCUCUGUUCCCUUAGGAUAUUGUAGGGAACCUAUGAUUAGUUUUUCUAACCAAGAAAGCACUUAAAUCUCUUUAAGCAAGUACUUUCAUAACAUCUGAUUGAGUAACCCCAACUUGCUGUUCAGCUCAUCCUACUGGAGACAAAGGUAAGAAACAUUUUCUGAUACCUGGUUUGGGAUCUGGAUUUUAAGAACUAAAGUUUGUAAUGAAUAAUUAUUUGCUCCUGACUUGCAAUGUUACUUUCCUCCUCCCAACUUUAUAUUUUUAAUUUUGAGUGUAUAAAUAUACCCAUCUCAAUUCUGGAGUUGAAUAUGAUAUUCUAAGAUCUGUUUCUUAGUUUUGUCUGUGAGCCAUGCUUUUGUAGGGCUGGUGCUAUUGUCAGCUUUCUGUGGUCAAGGUCAAUCAACUUUUGGUGUUUGCCUUUUUUGCUUUGUAUAUGAAAUUUGUAGUGAAAUUACAAAUGAAAUAAAUUAUAUGUAUUUAAAUAGUAUUAAAAGGAGAGAAGUAUUAGACUGUUGUAAUAACCACUUGUGGCUUAUUUCCAUCAUGAUUUGAAGACAGAUUGACAACCCACAAUACCUGAAUACCACAGAUUUUUAUUGAGCCAAUUGAAUGUAAAAUCUGGCCAGAAUAGAUGCCUUUAUUGUGUAAUUCGUGUAACAGUCACAUAGGCAUUGUUGAAGGUGUUUUAUAUAUAUAUAAAGUUUAUGUGAUAAGAUCUUCAUGUAAAGUCUGAACAACCAUGAAUCCCAAAUACAUCUCUAGUUUGGGUGGGCAAGGAGUUGUAGAAUUGUACUAGUACUGCAGAGGAUUAAUGUUGCUAUGUGUAAUUUUGGGAGUGAAUAAAAAGCUGUUACUUUGGAACCUUUA